AUGAGCAAGGAGCCAUAUCGUCGACGUGGUCUUGCCAAGACGCUUGCUGCGAAGUUGUUUCGUGAAAAGUCUCUUGACUUUGCUGAUGAUGGUUGGUGUUCUGCUGAUGUGGCACCAGACAAUGACGGAAGUCGAGGAAUGUGCAAGAGAUUGAACGGAAAGCCGACCUGGAGGGUUUCAUGGGUGUUACUGUUUGUUGGGGAGAAGCCGCCAAGUGAAACCAGUGGUACCAAGAACGCAUGA